UUUCAGGCAAGAUGGCCGACUAUGAAGGUCGGUUGUCUCCUGCCUGUAUCGAUGAUUUAGAUGACGAAACUCUCGAUCCUAGAAUUCAGGUGGAGCUGGAGAAGCUUAACAAGGCAUCGGAGGAGAUCAACAAGUUAGAGUUGGAACUCGAUGAUGGCCGGGCAGGUUUUCGCCAGGCUCUGUCCGAGUCUACACAGAAACUUAACGCACUUGCAAAAAAAUUGGGAGCCUGUGUGGAGAAGGCGCGACCCUACUAUGAUGCCAGGGUGAAAGUGAAAGACGCUCACAUAGAUGCUCAGAAAACGGCACUGCGAUUUGAGCGUGCCUGCAGCAUGCAUGAGGCAGCCAAGGAGAUGGUACAGCUGGCGGAGCAAGGCUACAUGUGCCGGGAGGAGCCCUCAGACCCUGCCUGGCAGGAGAUGCUCAACCACGCGACAAUGAAGGUAAAUGAAGCGGAGAAGGAGAGGAACGAGAGUGAACUGGAACACAUGGUAACGACUGUGAAUUUUAACGAGGCCGACACCAAGGUGCAAUAUCUUCAGAAAGAACUGAAGCGUGCAAUCAAUAAGUCUAAUAUGUCCAUUCGCAGGAGUUUCCUACAAAUGGGUGACAUAGUCAACCGAUAUGAGUUGUGUUUGUUACCAUACUUUGAAAUGAAAGCAAAUUUCAACCAAUCAAUGGAGGAUCUCAAGAGAAAGAUCCAUACCUUAGAAGGGGAUGUAGGUUCAGCUAAAUCAUCGUACUCCGAUGCUCUGAAAAAUCUGGAGCUGAUCAGUGACGACAUUCAUCUUCAGCGGCAGGAGAAACGAAAACAGCAGGAGCUCGGUGUCCGGGAGGCGGGAGUAGGCUCCGAAUCUCCGUCACCUCCACCCACCCGUGACAAGGGCAUGAACUCUGCGGAAGGUCAGGGGUCAAGCCACCUGAGCAGCUGUCAGGGCAUGUCCCGGGCAACAAACACUUCUAGUCAUGCUCAACAUUCAAACUUUAGAUCGCACGAGGAUAUUGACUAUACUCUCCCAUCUGUCAUACAUCACAAUCUAGAUAAAUCUCGUAACCCCAGCUACAGGGAAGCCAUAGAGAGGCGUAUCAGUCAGACAGAGGGUGGCGGAGACGAUUUUCCCGCGCCGACGUUUGAUGAGGAAUAUAGAGCACUGCCAAAUAGUCGACCAACACAGGGUCAACAUGCCACACACACGCCAAUGCGGCGGAGUUUGUCACGAGAAUCUAGUUUACCCAAAGACUUCACUAGCUCUCUGUUAUCGUCUUCCCCAAGUGAUUACGCAGACAGACCAGACCUGUCACAAGGUCAACGAGCGCGAUCUCAAUCCUCGCCCACAGGGAGGCGACGGAAACUCCAAGGCGGCCUGAUAUUGAAGAUCGAUGCUGGCAUGGAUCCUUUAACUCAACGAUAUCAGGCAACGGAAAUUCAACCAACUAGAAGAGGUCAGAGACGAAGACUGUCAAAAGACCAAUCAAAAAUUCAAAGGAGUGUUGAAUUUCCAAAGCAUAAUCCGUUUGGUAGUCCAACAGAGAAAACUUGGAGGGAGAACUCUAUGUCGAACUCGCCAAGUCGUCAGGGGUCAUUCCUCGCCCCUGGUAACGCAGACGGGGAGGACUGGUCAGACACUGAAAGCAUUGCCAGCACUGGACCAAUGCUGGACGAUGACCAGGUGGAGCUCCUGACCCUCGAGUUUUCUGAUCAAGCUUCGACAGAUGAUAACAGCCCGACUUUUAAAAGGCAGGAGUGGAACCGUAUGAGUUUACCCCCCAGACUGAGUCACCUUGAGCAAUACAUUCAUGCCCCCGUGGAAAAGGGGGAAAACACUGUCAUAGAAUCUCUUACAAACGGUGAGGUGUCCUUGUCGACCACUCUGACAAACGACAACGAUGCGGAGACGGAAUCCAAUAAGACCCUGCCCUUGACUAGUCCAGAAGUUGACACUCAGAUAGAUGUUCAGCAAAAUGAUACUCAGUUGCAAUGUUCUCAGCCAGUAGUUUCACCAGAGGAGAUUGAAACGGUUUGAUUCACAAUAUUACUUUGGAUUAAGUACAUGUAUCACAUCGUGGUAGCUAGAGUUAGCUCAAACAUAAGAGGUGAUAAUGUGCCUGCAUAAAAUUGAUCUGGAACGUUGGCAUAUAAUUAUGUUCAGUUAACUCCGUAACCAUUUUGGGUUCAACUUAUAGUCUUCUGCAACUCAAUAAGCCCACACCACUCCUUUCUUUUAUUUAAUACCAAGUUCAGGUAAAUUAAACAUAUAGAGAUCUCCAGAUACUGUGCGGCUGAAAGUUGCAAAAGAGAUAUAGGUAUAAAAAAAUUGGACGGCUUGAAUGCAUUACCAUCAGUUAUAUGAGUAAGGCUGAUAACGUUAGUGCUGUUUUCUACCAAAACUGUUCUUGUAAAAUAAUCCGUUAAGUGGUACACCUAUGUAGUUUUAAUGUGAAACUCACUGUAAUUACUUUAAUUUAUAUAUACGAUUUGUUCAUUUUGGUAAUGUUAUUGUUAAUUAUCAACCAGUAAUAAUUUCAGUAUUUUGGCAUGUUCUUUUGAUAAUAUUUAGCGCAGUAUUUUUUUUCUCCAUUAUUUUAAUGAAUUUGAGGUUUUUCAUAUAUCACAUCUUGCAAGAUUUUUUUACCAAACUAUACCAACUCAAUUGGAAACCUUAACCCUCAUACAGACCCAUAUUUAUUUUAGAUCUCUAUUAAUACAUUUGUUGCGAUCUCAAUAUAUUGAAAAUUAACUGAAUUUAUUGGAAAUAUUGAUCUGUUCGGAAAGAUAAGUUUGUUUGUCAGAGAAGUGUUCAGAUUAGAUUGGAAUUCCUUCGUAGCCUUCACAUUUAACUAUAGUGCUGGAAGAAAGUUGGAAAUAGUUCACUAUAUGAUUUAAGAAUAGUGCUAGAAAUUUGACAGCUGAAAUGUUUUGCUGAUGUCGUUUUGAUUGAGUUGUGGGGAAACAUUUCAAUUUAAUUUAUUUUUUGCAAUUUAUUAGAUCAUUAGAUCUCUUUAUAGAAGACCAUUUAAAGGAGUACCUGGUAAUUAAGCCUAUGUAACAGACAAGUGGUUUCUAUGGCAGGUUGAUUAUGGUACAGGAUUUUUCGUUGAAUUGGAUUGAAAUCAGGACUAAAUACAGGGUGUGACCAUGAUUUUUAAAACAGGGUAUGUAUGUAGUGAUUGUUAUGAACUACUGUUUGGAGGAGGAUUCUUUUCUGCGUAGUGUCGACUAGCAGGCCUAUUUUAUGCAUAGGUUUACAUGUACAGAUGUAUGAUGUAUAAGUACAGUCAUGUAUAUAACCGGUAUAAUUGUACUGUGUACAGGAAUCUGUAGAUUUGUUUGAUGUACCGGUACGUGUAAUUAGUAUACGAGUAUACAUGUAUUAUAUACAUGUUAUGCACUAUGGUACUGUGCCGUAUAAUAUAAAAAAUUGAGUCAAUAAUUUUCAUAAUUUUUUUUUUUUAGCUGACCUUAAAAACAUGAAGAAGUAUUACACUAAAACAUAUGUCUGUUAGAUAUUGAUGUACUAUAAUAUAAAGAAAGUAUGAUGAAAAAUACCCAUACUUUAAAAUCACAUGGUGCCAUCUAGUAAAAUCUUGGAGAGGAAAGUUGAGAUUUAUGUAUACCGUAUAUGUAUUAUUCUUAUAUUUAAACAUUAAUGGUGUUCUGUUUCAAACUUCACAGUUAUUUUGUUUUUAUGUAUUUUCAAUAUUUCUGAUUAUAAUCUGAUUUACGGUAUACGUUACAGAUAUGCUAUAUUCAUUCGGCAUUUCUAUUAAUCAUUUUCAUCAUUGAAUUGUGGUUAUAGGCGAACGGUGUCAAAUGGUUUGAAACAGUUCGGUAUUUUGCAUCAAGUAUUUUGAUAAUUUCUUACCUAUUGCUUAUACAUCUAGUAUAAUUAUUUUUGCAAUUAUUUUUUCAAACAGCAUAUACCUGGUAAAUGAAUUUUAAUGUGAAUUUGCAAAAGGAAAAAAUACUGUAUUCUGUAUGUUUGGUUGAAUUAGUGAUGUCAUUUUUGCCAAUAUCACCUUUUAAUGGGUAAGUUUUAAUCUAAAUUAAAUUACAAUAAAUUAAAUUAGAUAAAAAAAACAACAUGCUAAAAUCUGUCAUUGGUUUAAUGUGUUCAGAAAUUUCCAUCUUCACUCUGAAAUGUACUUGUACUAUGAAAAGUAAAAAAAACUAAACCACCACAAACACUACAAAGUACAUGAUGUCCCCUGUUUGUAGGGACAAAUAUUUACAAUGUGUUUGAAUUCUCAGAAAUCGCAGAAUACAGGCGAUUCAUUGUAUACGGUUAUUUUGAAUGUCAUAAACAACAUACGUUUAUUUCACUGCGUUUUGAUGAAAUUGUGUACAGAAUGUGUUUACAUACAUAUGUAUUGGACAUACAAAUCCUUGGAAGGUACGAACCAUAAAGAAAAAAUCCACUGCAUGUUAAUUAAAGCGUUUCAUGUUUGAUAAAAUUGUUGUACUGUAAAAGUUGGAAUUUUCAUAUUUCAACACUGUAUAUGGUGUACUGUGGAAUUUUUACACUUUAAAUUAUUUUUCCUUUUUUUUGCCUUGGCAAUGCCAUUACAAUGUAUAUUAUGUAGUGUGUCAAUACGUUUCAUCUACAUUUCUUUAUGCUGACUAAUGUUAAAGUGCACAAUUUGUCAACAUUUCCUCAGCCCAGUCCUACAUGCACGUUAAUUUAAAACAGUAUUUGAUAUAGUUCACGGCUGUCUCAAACCAGUUUAAGGGCAUAUUGCUUAAUUACAUGUAUUUGUAUAACUUUUCCUGUGGAAGAUUUUCUGUGAGAUUGGAAAAAAUAUAAUAAGCAAUACUAUAUUACUAUUUUUUCAUUCAUUUCUUACUACCAGUGUGAUAUUUAAAGUUGAGUUUAUUCAACGAGAUCGUGUUGGUCUACAGAAUCCAGUUUUUACUUCUUUUCUGUUCUCAUUUUGAUGAUAAAUCCUUCGUUUACCUGUUAGCACAUUUUUGUGAUCGUUGAUUGUUUACAAGAUCUGUCAGAUGUUAACAAAAUACAGUUGUAGAACCCUCAACAUUCUAUUUACCCUGUCAUGUUAAGCAUUUAGUCCUUAUGAUAUACAUGUUAACUUGAGUUACAACAAAGCUUCCUCCGAAAAAAAGAUAGCUUCUCAGAAAUUAACAUUGGAUAGAAAUAAAAUUAUUCACUGUGAUAUUGAAUGUGGAUACAUGUUUAUUUAUUCUUUUUUUUCUUUGUUGAAUAUUUAAUAUGUAAAAUUUUGUGUUCAGCAAUGCCUUGUGCAAUGUGUGUAUCGUAUAAACCUGAGGUGUGUGACGGUACUUGCACGUACAUUUAGACAGAAAUUUUGGUUGUACAAGACUUUUGAGCGAGUUUACGUUAUUUCUGGACAACUUUUCCACUGUGUGCUAAUUCACAUAAUUAUUUCCAAGUGAUUGGGAUUUAAUCAGUAUUAAUUGUUUUUAUUUUUUGUCUCAUUAUCUGGCUGUGUAUUAGAUUUGAAUUAGUUAAUAUAGAUGUGUUUGCAUAGAAAAUGAAGACCUUGUAAUGUUAUGUAUUUCUGCUGUAAUUGUACGACAGAAUCGAAUAAGGGCAUGAAAAUUUACCGAGUUUUUUAGUUACCCUGUGUCACACAUAAUUACACUAGUUUGUAUAACUAUAAAGUCCAUGCUUCUUUAGUAAGAUGACAAUUCCUAUUAACUGAUCCGUGUAAUCUUAAUUAUCAUGAUUUUUGGAUUUUUUUUCAUGAAAAUUACAUAUAUUUUUAAGGAUCACAUUUCACUUCGCUGCGAUAUUUGGUGCAAGUUGUUUUCCAUAUUUGCCUGUACUUGAGAUGUUGAUAUCUGGGGUAUAAUAGUCCUAAGUUUAAAGUGAUCAUAAGUUCAAAAUGAUUAAUUCAAGUUUCAGUUCAGUCAUUCAAGAUCAAAACUAGUUUAAUUUCUUUUAAUUGAUCUGUGAUCCCAAAGGCAGUUGUAGUUAGAUUUAUGAUUUGAGGUGCAAUAUUGUCCCAUCACAGAAAAGACUAGACAUUUACAAUUGCAAAUUCUGUCAUUAUUAUUUUAUCGCUGUGGGCAAUAAUUUAGGAUUAAGGGACGUGUUAUCCAAGAUUUAAAAUCUGAUUUCGUAGACAAUUAAUAUGGAAUUGAUUGACAUGUAAGUGGAGAAAUGAUAAGUUUUUACGAGGAUUAUCGAAGAUUCACUGUACAUGUACUAGGUUUUAAAUCACGAGAGAUUUGAACUAACUCAACAAAUGGCUAUUAGCUAAAAAUGGUUUCUGGAAGAAAGUUCCUUAAAUUGCACCAUAUCUGUGAUCUUCUGUCUUCCGUGACCAACCUAAAAUAAAAUGUGGUGUGUUCUUCACACGUGUUCAAUACCAGAUGGAGUUGCACAUUGUUGUCUGAAAUUGAAAAAGUUGAAUGUUCUGUUUCUGAAAGCUGUGGUUUUUAUUGGGUUGGAUUUUUUUUUUACAAAGCACACGAAUAACACCUUGUAUUUUGAACUUUUUUUCUGCACAACUGAUAACAUUUCAUUGUAUUAACUGGUGCAUAAUACAUUUUCUAAUUUCCGUAAGAUUAACAUUAUAUUUUUUACAACCAAAGCUUUAGUUUGUGUUUAAAUAACAACUAGUGCUAUUUACAAUGUAUUCCUCGUGUAUUUUCUUCAUAAUACUGAUUCAUGUUACUGUGGUGGGGGGAAAAAAGUCAAAAAUAGGAAGUUAAAAACCAUUUCCGAUGUGGGAGUUUUUCCACUCCAACAUGUACAUGUUUGUUGGUGCUUAAUUAAAGAUAUUGAACAAGGAGAAAAGGUAAAAUUCAAGGAAAUCUUUUUUUUUGG